CUUUCUCGCUUUUUUCUUCACUCUUUAUGCCUUACUUUCAUUUGCUUCAAGGUAAUGCUGCCUCGAAGACAUGGCUUCUUGGCACCAGGCUCAAGGUACCUCAGGGAAAAUCACUGCCUCUUGGUUGACGGAGCUGCCCUGGGGAAGGCCUCGUUGAGGCAGGUUUCAGAAGAGGAAGAGGAGGAAGAUGAAGAGGAUGAGGAAGAGGAAGGAGAGGAUGGGGAGGCGGAAAAGACUGGCGAAGAGGAAAGAGUGCUCAAAGUCGCGGUUCAUGAGAAAGCGGGGAAUAACGGUAGCAGGGAUCAUCACCUAGCUGCUCACUCUUUUUCCGUUAUCAACAAUCUGAAGGAGAAAGCUUUCGCUAAUUCACCGUCCUUUAUCGAGUUCCGUCUAAAUCUGGAACGAGGUAACACGAAAGAUGAAGGGGAAGAGGAACUGCUUGAUGGUAAUGCCAAUGGUGGUUUGAGCACGAACAAUCCAUUGGGUCACGCAUCAACUCAUGGCUCUGCGUUUUCUCCGGAUCACAAUUUUGCGGUGAAUAGCUUGGUGGAAGAUCUCCUAGUUAACUCCAAAUUUUCCGGUCGACUUGCGCUCGGGGCCCCAAUCCCUGAAGAUAAUAGUUCUUACAGUGCAAUUUCCAGAGACAGAGACGAUUUCCGUUCCAGUUCCACCCGCUCAAUGGCCUUCACAAACCCAUCUCUAUCCCCCAUGAACAGAACCUAUGGUCCAUCUAUUUUGGAGUCUCAGAUUCUGUCUUCGAGGAAUUCGCUCUCUGUUUUAUCGCGUGACUCACGCCGAGGUCCGUGGGGCAGUCAGAUUGGUUUUUCUGUCACUGCUUCUACCGAGCCUGAUCCCCUUCAUCAAUUACCGCUGAGUGCAGGCAUUGACCCGUGGGACAAGAGUGGUAGCCGUGGUGGAGGUGGAGACACUUCUGUCACUGGAGUCAGCGUCGUAAGCACCCGCUCCAUGAUCCAAGGCUCAGUGAUCACCUUUCGUGAUGUGGAGUACGUCGUGCCAGUUAAGAAAAUGCCCUGCAGUAAGGCCGUCAAGAAGGUCGUUCUUACUGGUGUCAGGUACCUAACCUAUCCACUGUACUUGCAUUUUGAAAGGCUUCAGUUUUUUCUCUCUUAUGUUCCGGAGUAUUGUCCACAUUAUGGUCGCACAGAAGUAGUGGUAGUUCAUUGUCCAAAGUAUUACAGUCUUGCUCUUACUCUGGCCUUAUGUUGGCUACCGCAGCACCGCAUCCUACUUCGCUACCUUCUUCCCCUCUCUUACAGUGGGAUAAUGCGUCCAGGGUUAAACGCUAUCAUGGGUCCCACAGGCUGCGGAAAGUCAUCCCUUCUUGACGUUCUGGCAGGACGGAAGGAUCCACAAUUCCUCACUGGUGAAGUGCUUAUUGACGGCCAUCCUCAACCAAAAAACUUCAAAUGUGGCUCCGGCUACGUUGUACAGUAUCUCGAUGUAAGUACGGUAGACAGCUUUGCAGCGAACAUCUACAGGUGGUUUGCGGUUGGUGUUGCUUCAACUGCUAACAGCAUUACUGUAGAUCACGCAACUGGAGAAUUGCCAUACGUGGACGAUAUUUUCAGACCUUCCGUUGGGAGUUGUUUUAACGGGUCAACUUUCCUUUUAAAGGACGAUAUUUUGAUGGGGACGUUGACAGUUAGAGAGACCUUGUACCUUGCUGCAAUGUUGCGUCGAAAGCAGGGUCACACCAAAGCUGAAAUGAACGAGAAAAUCAACGAGAUUCUCGAUGAACUUGGGUUGACAAAAAUUGCCGACAAUAAGAUUGGCACCGAGCUCAUUAGAGGCAUAUCGGGUGGCGAGCGGAAGCGGACUAGCAUUGGAAUGGAAAUUAUCGCAGAUCCGUCAGUCCUUUUCCUGGAUGAGCCAACCACCGGCCUCGAUGCAUUUACUGCCGGCAGUGUUAUUCAAACUCUGAAAUCGCUAUCUCGACGCGGACGGACAAUUAUUCUUUCAAUUCACCAACCUAAAUACUCCAUUUACAAGCUAUUUGAUUCUCUCACUCUCAUGUCCAAUGGUCAAAUUGUCUAUCAUGGAUUGGCCCGUAAAGCACCGAUGAAUUACUUUUCGAGGCUGGGCUACGUCUGCGAAGAUCACAACAAUCCGCCGGACUUUUUCUUGGACAUUUUACAUGGAGAAGUGAAGCCUCUUGAUCCCGGUGGAGACAAGGGGGAUGAGUACGACGCCCAAAGUGACGACUCUCAUGAACGGAUGCGAGUUGUGUCUGAACGGCUUGUCAAUACAUGGGCGGAGUCUCCCGAGUGUCGAAACGCACGGAACGAGGUUAUGGCCGUACGGAACCACUCUACCAGUGAAACAAACUACUCAAAGGCCCCUGAGCGCAUGGGCUAUGCGGCCUCCUUUCCCUUGCAAAUGCUAAUUGUUUGUUGGCGCACCUUCAUCAGUCUGAUGCGCGACCCCCAAGCCUCCAUCGUACAGACCCUUGUCUACCUCUUCUUUGCCGUCUCCAUGGGUGUGGUCUACUUCGGGCUAGACACAUCCCUCGAAUCCGGUAUUCAGAAUCGCUCAGGUCUUUUCUUCUUCGCCACACUGCAAGUGGUCUUCGUUAACAUUGGCUCCAUUGAACUCUUCCUCAAAGAGAGAGCCAUAUUUUUGCAUGAGCACUCAAGCGGCUACUAUAGAGUGUCUGCGUACUUCCUCGCAAAGCUAAUAUGCGAUGUAUUCCCAACGAAGGCGCUACCCGUGUUCUUCUUCAUGCCCAUCACCUACUGGAUGGUGGGCUUGAUGCCCAGAGUGGGCAAUUUUUUCUUCUUUGAGCUCAUUCUCACUCUUGGAACCGUCUCCGCUUCUGCCGCGGCCAUGGCUGUCUCCGCCAGCGUAACUCUCUUCUCCAUCGCCAAUGUCAUCAUCUCCAUCCUCUUCGUCUUCAUGAUGGUAUUUGGAGGUUUUCUAAUCAACCUAAACAGCAUGAGCCCAUGGUUAAGCUGGUUGCGAUACCUGUCCAUUUUCCACUACACUUUUGGGGGCCUUCUUGUCAAUGAACUGGCCGAACUCGAGUUCUGUCCCUCCUCCAAUAGGACACGGCAAAAUUUCAACGACACCAGAGAAUGUCAACCUGGGCGGUUGUACCUGGACGACCUGGGGUAUGCUAGUCGCACGGCCUGGGACAUGUGGUCGAAUGUGGUAGGCCUGACUAGCAUCGCAAUUGUUUGCUUUACCCUAUGCUACUGUCGUCUGUGUCGACUAAACACUUUUAAAUAA